UUGACAUUUCACAGAACAACCAAAACAAGAUGGAGCAGAAAUUAAUGUGAUGAGAAAACCUCGUUUACCUAUCUAUUGCGAUAAUAUUACGCAUUUAUUUGAAAAUCGUCUUCAAUUUAAUUUUUCUGUAGCUACGACUCAAUUUGCAAUGUACGGAUUGCAGCCGUAACCGAUGGAUUGGAGACAAAAGUUCCUCUGCAUCAACCUGUGCUAGGGAUUAAAAAAUGGCAAACAGUAUUGUCAAGGUAACAGAUGUCAAUGAUGACAUGAUCAGCGAUAGCUUGCUCCUACUUGUUGGCGAAGAUGGAACUGUAACACCAGACAAAAAAACUGUGGAAAACUAUCUAAAGAAAAAAUCUGGUCCAACAAACCUUCAGAUAAUGCAAAUUGACAAGUGUGACCCUAAGGGCAUAGAUAUGGUUGUGGAGACGGUCACAUAUAUGCCUGAUCAUUUGGACAUUGUUAAUGAAGAGGAUAUUGUGACCCAUGAUGAAACAUCAGAUGAUGAUGGAGUAGAUGUUGUUGCUCAGAACCUAAUUAAUGUACAACUUGAUCAUGAUUAUACUCCACUUACAUCACCUAAAAGAGCAGAUGAAGAAGAAGAUGAGUUGGCUAAAACUCUUAGUAUGCUGCAUGGUGCAGUCGACUCUGACCCGGAAUCUGCAGAACCUCCUGCCUUAAGUCCUGAAGUUUCUCAACCAGGAAAGGCAAAUAAAGGUAUAAAAAUUAUAUCUUCGUUCACUAUACCUGCACCCUCUGACACUGGCACUGGCAGCUCACAAAACGACAAGGAAGAAAAUAAAAUUGAAAAUGUUGAAACAAAAACCGCGCCUAAAGCAAAAGGGAAGGCAAAGAUUUUACAUUUGAGUCCUAAAAAGCCAUUGGCUAAAAAACCUGUUAAAAUAGUAGUGCAAAAAGAAGAAUCUAGUGAGGAGGAAGAGGAGGAGCCAGAUGAUGAGGAUGAAUUAUUGGAGAAUGAAAAUGAUGAAGAGGAUGAAGAAGAAGAUCUCACAGAUGAUGAUUUUGAUGCGUCAGUGGAGGAUGAUGAUAAUGAUUCAGACUUUGACGUAAAAGAGGUGAUUGGUAAAAAAUCAACACGAGCAACCAGAAGAUCAAGAUCACAAUCUGUAAAGCGUGAAAAGCCUAUUCGUCAGCAAAAAAUUGCUGCUGAAACUUCGAAAACUCCUAAAGUCAAACGAGUGAAACAAAAAUUGCAGAAAGCUGAUAGCAUAGAAGGCGAUAGUACUAAACCUAAACCGAAGUUAAUAAAGGCGACAGACAAAGAAAAGGCUACUGAAAAAACUGAAGAUACCAAAACUGUUGAGAGUGCGACAAAAGACAGUAAAGCUGAACCAGAAUUGUCAUUAAAACCAGAAGAAGCAAAACCUUUAGAUAAAAAGCCUCCUAAAAAGAAAAAAGAACCGCCAAAAGCAAUUCCAGGCGAUUUUGCCCUAUUCUCUACGCCAGACAUCAUACGUAAAGUUGGGGGUAAAGAACCUACAACCCCGGGUACCCCAGAAACUCCGAAAACACCGAAAAUUGGGGAGCAAAAGGCGCCGUUUACGCACAAAGCUGAAGCAACAUCAAAACCUCAAAAAAUUGCCCAAGAAUCUCGUUCAAAAUCUAUUUCUGAAAGCCAAGCGAAAUCAAACAGGUCUACUCUCGACGAAAGCGAGAAGGAAAAACCAGCACAUAGAAACAGCUUGGAUUCGAAAACAAAAGAGAGGCGAGAUAGUAUAGACAAGCAACACAACAACAAAACACACAUGGAAACUCCAAAACAUUCACGCGUUAGGAAACAUUCAGAAUCUGAAAGGAGAAUAUCUAGUUCAGACCGAAGGCCUUCCGAUUCGACUAAACGUGAUUAUAGCCCUUCUAAACAUUCAAGGUAUUCUGGUGAGAACCAGGAGCCUAUUCCCAGUGCUGAGGAUAUCAGAGCAAUAAUAAUGAAUGAAGACACCAAAACUUAUACAACAAAUACAAUACCUAUCCCCGACGUCCCAAUGAGCCUCAACAGCAACGUAGAAUCAACCAAUUUAAACCUGGAUGGUUCAGGUUUGGACCUCGACCAGUCUAUCUUAGAUAAUAUCAAUAAUGAUAUGAUUUCCGAGGAUAUUCUAUAUCAGGUGGCACAGCAACUUGUCUCGAACACUGAACUGCAAAAUGCCAUAGAUAAAGGUAUUAAUGAUGGCGUGCUGGAUACAAGUAGCAUUAUGGACACCAGCCAGUCUUUGCCUCCUAGCCUUAAUACCUCUUAUACGGAACCACCCCAAAGCAAUAUUAUAAGAGAAGCUACUCAAAUUGUAAGGCCGGAUGGAAGGGUCAUUAUAUUACCGCCAGUAGAGAGGCCUACGACAAGAAGCAGAAAUAAACGCAAGGAAGAACCGCCUGUUGUCAAAGCCAAGCCGUCUUUUAAGCCACCAAAUCCUAUAGCCGAUCCCAGGAAUAAAAUAAGAACCGUUCACAAACCCCUUGACGAAGAACAUGUCUCUGGUAAUGAGCUAGACUCAGAUGGUGACGAGGAGGAAGAAUCUGAAGAUGACCCAAAUAAACUGUGGUGUAUCUGCAAUCAGCCACACAACAACCGUUUUAUGAUUUGCUGCGACACCUGCGAAGAAUGGUACCAUGGCAAGUGUGUUAAUAUUACGAAGGCCAUGGGCCAACAGAUGGAAGCAGAGGGGAAAGAAUGGAUAUGUUUGUUUUGUCAGGAUAGUUCAUUAAAGCGCCCUCUAGCUGCUGCGAGAAGAAUAAGAAAAGCUUCUCGUAAUUCGAGGCAAUCGACAGAUAGUAACAACUCUAAUAAGAAAAAUGGAAAAGAGAAAGUUGCGGCUGCGAUGCCAUGUGUGGUCUGUCAAAAGCCCUCCAGGAAAAAUUCCAUUUAUUGUUCGGAAGAGUGUAUAUUGGCGCACGCACAAGGUGUAGAAAGGGUGGUUGUUUUCGAAAGAACAACAGGAAAUAUGCUGACAGGUAACAAGGCACCAAGUGCAACAAAUUUGGACCAGUGGUUGAAACAAAAUCCUGGCUAUGAAGUUGUUCGUUCUGCUGGAAAAGUUGUUACCACUAAAGUAAAGCCUGGUCAGCUUACUCAAUCAAAACUGAAACUAAUAAAAAAUCCAAACAAUACUGGAGUUUCACUGGCAGUACAACAAAAAGGUGUUAGUAUAGGUGUAUUAAAACACGCACCUAAACAUCCACCCGAACAACUUAAUCAAACGCCAACCAAGCCCAAAGUGAUAAAAAUCUACCAGAAAGAGUCGGGCCCUAGGGACUCUAAAGUUAAAAUGAUCCAGCCGCAGCCUAUGCCACAAGUUUUGAAGCCAAAAGAGGUCACUCCUAAGCCGCAAAAGAUUCAGGUGCAGACUUUACUAGCUCCCAACCCCAAAACAGUACCCGUUACUCCACCCGUAAAGACGCCAAAAAAAGAGGCAAUUCCCAAGGAACAAAAAAAGACGCCCAAAAUUAAAGUGAGAGAGGAACAACAGGCUCCACAGGCUACGGCUCCUCAAGCUAAACAGGAGGAUAUUAGGGAUAACGUGCAAAAGACCGUUUUUGAGCAAUUGCUUGUAAGGUUGAAAGAGAGCGAUAUUAAAUUAACCGAUGAAGAGGUAAAAAACAUAUCAAUUGAAAUUGAAGCUGAACUAUACAAGUGCUUUGGUGACACCGGGCAAAAAUAUAAAAACAAAUACAGAAGUCUCAUAUUCAAUAUUAAAGAUCCUAAAAAUCAAACACUGUGGCGUCGGAUAUGCGAAAAAUCAAUCAGCUCAUAUGAACUGGUUCGUUUGUCACCAGACGACAUGGCCAGCCAAGAGUUAGCCAAAUGGCGCGAGCAAGAGGCGAAACACCAGUUAGAUAUGAUUAAGAAGUCUGAAAUAGAAUUGUUGAACUGUAAUAGACAGUACGUUCUUAAAACACAUAAAGGCGAGGAAGUCUUAGAGGAUAACCGCUCAACGAACAAAGUGGACAACACAGAAAUCAUAAAGAGUUUGACAGAAGGCUCCACUUUAGACACCGGUGUGGAUGCUAAAGGCGGCUCAAAAGAUAAAGAACGAGAUAAGGAAAAACGUUCCCUCUCAAAACAUAAAAGCAGAGAUAAAGAACGACAUUCCAGCAGGGAAAAGCGUAAAGAUAAAGAUCAUAAAAGAAGAUCGAGCAGUAGGGACAGGAGCAGAAAGCGCAGUAAAAGCAGGGAUAAGUCAAGAAGUAGACACGAUAAGAAGAAAAAGAGAAGUAGGUCGAGCAGCAGAGAUAGAAGCAGGGGAAGGAGUCGGGAUAGGAAAAAUAGGGAUAAAGAUAAAGACAAGAAGAAAUCUUCGCAUAAAACGUCGCGUCAUUCAAAGGACACGCAUUCCAAAAUUAUAUCUUCAACAGACUCUUUGGACCAGAGAUCCAAAGAAAUCUUGGAGCAACUGAAUAAGAUUGCGCCUCCGGUUGAGGAGAGGCUUUGGAAGCAUGUCACUCAGGAGGAUAUCGUUCCGGGUGUUGCUCCGGCAGACAGUGACAGUGACCACGAAGUACCUUCGUCGACAGUCACAAUUCCAACUCCCCCUGGUAGCCAAGAGGCCGAGGAUUUCCCCAGUAUAUCGUCUGAUGACUCAAAGACCUCAUUGAGGUCAAAAGAGAAUUCCGCUGAUGAUGAAAGGGGUCUUUCGCCUCCUCCAAAGAAACCUCCCAGUCAAAUCUGGGCUGGCACCAUAAAUAUGGUCGAUGUUGCACAAAUAUCUAUUACUGCUCAUGAAGUGUCAGGUGAUUGUUCAGGUCUAAGUAAAGAGCUUUCCGAAAAUCUGGACAUUGUCGGCAGGAUAUCCCCAGAUACGGUUUGGGACUAUAUAGGCAAAAUGCGAAGUUCCAACAGCAAGAUUAUAUCACUGAUAAGAUUGAACGCGACGAAUGUGGAAGAGCAAAUGCCUUAUUUAGCUUUAUACAGUUAUUUAAGUAGCAGGAAUAGACUGGGGGUGGUUAAAAGCACCACUAAAGCCAUAAAGGAUUUUUAUAUUUUGCCUUUGGCUGCUCAGAAACCCAUACCGCAGGCUCUGCUGCCCAUAAAUGGACCAGGAUUUGAAGAAGCCAGACCAGCUUUGUUAUUAGGCAUAAUCGUAAGAGACAAACGCAAAAGAGGCCAUUCGGAAUUAAUAUCGCAAACUAUGGCAAGCCACACACCCCAUAAGAAAACGAGAAUAGAGGUUCAUGUGGUCAAAACGCCACCUCCCAGAUCGUAUACGCCGCCGCCGGUACCUCCGGAGGUGGCUCCUGUACCGCCUCCUCCUUUGCCUCCUCCACCAAAGAUUGAUCCUCGUUUAGCUAAACUAGCCCAACCUCCUUUGCCACCAAUGGUGCUUCUCCCCGAUCUCAGAAUUCCUCCUCCUCCAUUACCCCCAUUGCCUUCGAUACAUGCUGAGAUCCCCAAGUUGUCUCCUGCGAUGAUGUCGAUAGUCAAACCAGGGCACAGUAGCCCGAAUCUGAUAGAACCAAAAAUAGAGGCCAAUGAUGAUGAUGAACCUUAUAGUCCUGGAGACUCUGAUCCUGAUACAACAGUACCAGACAUUGUUCAGUCAACGGCUAUUUUGACAACCACCCAGAUAAGUUUGACACAAGCGACAAUUACUACUGAAUACGCGCCUACACCAUCGGUUUUACCAGGCGGAGGUAGUGAACUGUCAGCCACCAAAAUUGACAUGCAGAGGAAAAUGGAAGAGCUCAAUAAACAGAUUGAAAUGCAAAAAAGCGAAAUUUCAAGCAUUACAAAAAAUAUAGCCACCGCCGCAGAUUCCGAGAUCGUGGGUUCUGCAUUGGCAAACAUCGCCCUACCUAGCAAUUUGCAGCAGAUUUUGGAUAGUAUUAAGACUAUUGGAUCUGUGACUGCGCAGAGUGAAACGUCAACUGAAUCUAUUGUAGUGGAUUCUAAGCCCUCCACGACGCAAAUAGACCUCACGAUCCCUCUGAUGAUACCCAAAACGUUUUCCCGUCCCCUUACAGGGGUUCCUCCGCCCGACCUCUCCAGCUCUAUUCCACUAAACCUACCAUCAAAAUCCAGACUUACGACUCCUCCCCAAUUAAAUUCACCCGGUCAAGAAAAGAGUGUCUUAAGUUCGUUAACUGAGGAAGAUCUCAUUAGAAAAGCAGCGGAGAUGCUUAAGAGCAAACCAGAGCCUUCGAAACCAGUACCUCCUCCACCUCCGAGAGUUAGUUUUCAUAUAGGUAAGAAGCCCAAAUUGGAUGUGAAUUUGCCGCCGGUACCUGGUGUGGAUGAUUAAAAAGACCAAUAAUUAUAAAUUCGUGUUGGAAGUUAAGAGAAGAGCUUAUCUAGUUUCACGUGAAAGGGCUACUUGUAAAUUAUCAAUAGGCAUAGAUGUCUAAUAAAAAAUAAUAAUAUCGUUUUAGAUACUGUCGUAGAUUUUCAAGUUGUAGUUUUAUGAAUUUAAAGAAAAAUUUUUAAUUAUAGUAAUUAAUGCAUUUAUUUUGAA